AUGACCGACCACUAUGCAGUCCUCGGGGUUCCGAGCACAGCGACAACCGAAGAGAUUCGAGCAGCUUACAAGACGCUUGCCAGGCAGCAUCACCCCGACAAAGGAGGAAACGCAAGCCGAUUCGUCAUGAUCCAAGAAGCAAUGGAAGUUUUGACCGACCCGGACAGACGGACACGGUUUGACGCAGGACAGGGUCAAUCGAAGAGCCGCGAGUCUUCCCAGGGCACGGGGGGACGCUACGAACGCCGCUAUGACUACGGAACGUCGGGCCGGCGUAGUUCAAAUUACUACAACUCGGACGACGACGACGACGAGGAGGAGGACGUAUCAAGACAGCAUCAGCGUCGGUCGAGAAAUACGGACGAGUACUACCGGGAGAGUGUCAACAAUCCGCGGGCUAGAUCGCCGCAGAGCUACAAGUACAGCAUGCCCCGCAACCUCGCUACCAUGUCUCUCCCUGAACUCGAGAUUGUCGCCCUCAAGGCCUAUGGCUCCUACUCCUAUCUGUAUGAGGACUUGUGGUCGUACAAACCUGCCCGUGGCUUUCCCGAGACCUGGCGCCAGCUGAGCAACGGUAGAGAGAGACUUGCCCGGCGUCAUUCGGCAGUGUCUCCAGAAGAGCUUCAGAUGCGCCUCUCCGGCCAACGACCACCGAACGGAAUACUGGGAAAGUUUGUGCGUGAGCUCGAGGCUGACGCUCGCCUUAUCGUGGCGCUUGAGGGAAAGCUCCAGGCCGUAGUUCCAGCGGCGAGAGCCGUGGAAAGACUCAUGUGGCGCCAGGAACGGGUCGCAGGUUCAGAACAAGCGCGCACGCUGCAAAUUCUGAUGGACUGCCUGCGUUCGUGGCUGGCUGAGGAAUUACAGUCAGGGCGUGUUCGAUAUUCGUAA